UCGGUGCGUGACACAGUGACGAAAAAGCAAUGACCAUUUUUAGUCUUGAAUGUCGACUGUUUAACUGACGGUCCCGAGAUAUAGGAGAGAUCUUAUAGUCAACGAAUUUCUUUUGUGUUCAUGCUAAAUUAUUGCAAGUAAAUAUAGUACAACCUCGUGAAAAUGAAGACUGGAUAUACAUGUACAUACACAGAUAUGCACGUAUGUGUGUAAAACAUUUUUAUUUUGUUAUAUGGGGUCUUAAACUGACUCGAAUCUUUGUAUUUGAAUUGUGAACCAAGUUGUGUCGGCAUUUUCACCUAUGAAACAUACGUAGAUUGCGUAUAUUUAAAUAGAUUAUUAUUAUUAUUUGGAGAUUUUUUUUUUUUAUUCACACAAGAGUACUUGUAGUAGUUACAUAGAUUGUGCUCAACAUCGGACUACCAUGGAUAGAUCAUCAGUGGCUAAAGUGGGAGCUGUGGCUAGUGCAAGUAUGUUGGCUCUGGUUGGAGGUGUGGUACUUGCACAAUAUAUUUUCACGGUAAAGAAGAAAACAGGCCGGAAAACCAAGAUUAUAGAGAUGAUGCCUGAGUUCCAGAAAAAAACUGUCCACAUAAAGGACCCUGCAAAAGUGGAAGAAAUAAUAUGUGGUCUUAUAAAGGGAGGAGCGUCUAAGCUUCAGGUAAUUACAGAUUUUGAUAUGACAUUAAGCAGAUUUUCCUACAAUGGAAAAAGAUGUCCCACUUGCCAUAAUAUAAUUGAUAACUGCAAAUUUGUGUCAGACGAAUGUAGGAAAAAGCUGUAUCAGCUAAAAGAAAAGUAUUAUGCAAUUGAAAUUGACCCAAACCUAUCAAUAAAAGAAAAAUACCCAUACAUGGUGGAAUGGUAUACAAAGUCCCACAAAUUACUCAUUGAGCAACGUUUACAGAAAGACAAAAUGGCGGAGGUUGUAAGAGAAUCGGAUGUAAUGCUCAAGGAAGGGUAUGAAGCAUUCUUUGACAAACUCAACGAUCACAACAUACCCGUGUUCAUCUUCUCAGCGGGUCUUGGAGAUGUAUUAGAAGAAGUUAUACGUCAGUCUGGGGUUUAUCAUCCUAAUGUGAAAGUUGUUUCCAACUUUAUGGACUUUGAUGAAAAUGGCAUUUUAAAGGGAUUUAAAGGAGAAUUAAUACACGUAUACAACAAACAUGACGGUGCCUUGAAGAAUACAGAAUACUUCGGCCAUCUGAAGGAUAAUAGCAAUAUCAUCCUUCUGGGAGAUUCAUUAGGAGAUUUAACUAUGGCUGAUGGUGUGCCAAAUGUGGAGAACAUCCUUAAAAUAGGAUACCUUAAUGAUAAAGUAGAAGAGUUACUAGAAAAAUACAUGGACUCUUAUGAUAUUGUUAUAGUCAAGGAUGAAACACUAGAUGUGGCCAAUUCCAUAAUACAGAAGAUUUUGUAAACUGCAUUAAGCUCAAUCGCCACCAUCUCAGCAGGCAUGCACACUGCAUUUUGGAGAAGAGAGUAUAUAUAAAAUUAUAUUUUUAAAUUUUCUGAACUUAGUUUUACUUAUGUUUAUUUAAGUGUAUUUAAUAUAGCCUUUUGAAAUUUUAAAGCACCUUACUUUCCAGCAAUGUGUGGUUUGUAAUGUUCUAUCAUUUUAUUUGUUUCUAUGAUUUUGUAUCCCUCUACAUGUUCAUUGCCUUCAGUGUAUUUUGAAAGCCUGUCUAGAACAAAAGGUAUUUAACCACACAUAUAGAAUGGUUUCAUUCUACCUCUGAAAAGUCUCAAGAUGGAAAUAAUCUUUAUUUUAAAAUACACUUUUAAGUGUAAUAUUUUGUACAAUCAUUAAUGUUUGCCAAAGGCCAAAUAAUGUGCAUGUUUUUUAAGUAGUGUUUGUAUUCUGUUUUUUAUGUAUUAAAAUACCAUAAAAAUAUGAAA